AUGAAGGCAGGCGGCGUGCGGUUCAGUACAAUCGCUCUCAGAACCUUGGCCACAUCGCUUGAAAGACCUUGCUGUGUGCUACUUCAUUCCCACCUGACCGUCUCCACGCGGUUGGAAGAGUCAUCAGCCAGCCUGCCUGACAAACCGGCUGACUCGCUCUGCAGCACCCUGCCGCUCAUGGAGCCAUUUCAACCAGGCCAGCUGUCACACUUCCAAUCAAGUGCUGUGGCGCUUGACUGCCGGCGCAUGAACCCUACACUGGUCAUAAAUCAAAGAAGCAGCCCUGUGCAUGUUCCUCCGACGUCUCGCAUUCCUGAGCUCUGCAAUCGGUCUUCCCCUUGCCUCGCCUUGGGCCUUGACUUCCGGGCAGAAGCAUUCAUUCAACAGCUGCUACAGUGUCAGGUUGACACCAGGUCUUUCGAGCUGUAG